AUGGUGGCACCGAAGACCAAGCGAAAGGAUCUUGCUGUGCCUGAAUACGUUGCAAAGGAAUGGACUGAGGGUGAUAAGAACGGAAUGGCAGACCUCCUGCUACGGUGCAACUUCAGUAAGGAGGAGUUCUUCAAUCAAAUCCUGAUCAUUGUGAAGAAGAAGAAGUCUUACCAAGUUGUCAUCGAUGAGGGUUGGCACAGCGAAUCUGACCUCAAAGAGUUGGGAUGGAGUGGGGCGAAAAUCGCCGGUGCUAAAUCCCAUUGCCUUGCAUUGGGUGAAAGUCAUGCAAGGCGAAACGCCUAUGACGGAGAAAUGGAAUUCUUCGUUGUUGUCCGAGAAACUGCCAAACGGACUGAAGAAUCUUCAUAUGAACAUGAACAGUCAAAACGAAUGAAGGCUGAGCAUGACCCAGUCAACGAACUUGGAGAUGAUUUUGCUGGACUUGAUGCCCGGGCAAAGCGGGAAACGGAUAUCCAGACCAAAAAGCCAGACCAACAAGGGUUGAUGAACAAGUACUUGCAGACCAAAGCUUCUUUGAAGACUUUUAUGUCAUCGUCUUUGUCUAAAGCUGGGAAGCUGCGGCUUUUGGUGCGAGAUCUGAAGAAGGGCUACACUGAAUCAGCCACGUCAACGUCCAUCAAGACCUUGGAGAGCCACAUCGCCGACAUGGACAAGCACUAUGAUGCUUGUAAUGAUGCGUGGGCUAAAGGUGAAGUGGAGAACUUUUCCACCGAAGAGUGGUACAAGCUCGCCGAGCAGUGCAUGAAAGACGGGACAUUCGCGAAUGCAAAGGCCACGGCAUUCGAGACCAAGAUAAGGACGUCUCAGGGUAAGGUAUGUAAUUUCUUUGCGGGCUGA